AUGGGAAAAAAAGAUGUUGUAUAUUAUUUUCAUCCAGAUGUUGGUAAAUUUCAUUAUGGUGAAAAACAUCCAAUGAAACCACAAAGAUUAUCAGCAAUGCACUCAUUAGUAUUAAAUUAUGGGUUAGAUAAGUAUAUGACCGUCAUGGAGCCAGCACCAUGUAGUGCUAUUGAUAUGCAAGCAUUUCACUCAAAAGAAUAUAUAGAUUUCCUUCAAAAUGCUACACCAUAUAAUAAGGAGAAGUAUGCUGAUGUUAUGAAAAAUUUUUUAUUUAUUGAAGAUUGCCCCAUUUUUGAAGGGAUGUUUGAUUUUUUUUCUAUUUGUGCUGGUGGUUCAUUGGAGGGAGCCCAAAGAAUAAAUAGAAAGGAGACAGAUAUUGUUGUUAAUUUUUCUGGUGGUCUUCAUCAUGCAAAAAAAUCUGAAGCUUCCGGUUUUUGUUAUGUUAAUGAUAUUGUUCUUGCUAUUUUAGAAUUAUUAAAAAGACAUGCUAGAGUUUUAUAUUGUGAUAUUGACAUACAUACGUCAGAUGCAUUACAUGAAGCAUUCUAUUUAACAGAUAGAGUUAUGACAGUAUCAUUUCAUCGGUAUGGUAAUAUGUUUUUUCCGGGAACUGGUGAUAUGUGGGAAAUAGGUAUGGAUAGGGGAAGAUAUUAUACAGUUAAUGUACCAUUAAGAGAAGGUAUUGAAGAUGAGGCAUAUUUAUCUAUAUUUAAACCAAUAAUGACAAAAGUUAUGGAAUGUUAUAAACCAGAAGCUGUCGUCUUACAAUGUGGUGCUGAUUCAUUAGGAAUGGAUAGAUUAGGAUGUUUCAACUUAAGUAUAGAUGGUCAUGGUGAAUGUGUAAAAUUUAUUAAAAGUUUUGGUCUUCCUAUGAUUGUUUUAGGUGGUGGUGGUUAUACACCAAGGAAUGUUGCAAGAGCCUGGUGUAAUGAAACAGCUAUAUGUAUUGACAAAGAUGACAUACUACCGGCUGAGAUUCCUGAUGAAUGUGAGUUUAAAGAGAUGUUUGGUCCAGAUUAUUUAUUAAAACCAAAGUUAGAUAAAAGAUAUGAAGAUGCUAAUACACAAGAAUACCUUAAUGCUUUAAAGGAUUUAAUAUUUGAAAACCUUGAUAUGUUAAAAGGUGCCCCAGCUGUACAAAUGCAACCAAUUCCAGAUGAUUUUUUUGAUUGGGAUAAAGUGAAAUAUAAAGAUGAAAUUAAACAGGAGAUGUAUGAAGAAGACAGGAAAAUGAGGGAUCGUGAUCCUGAUUAA